AGUGAGUUAAGAUCUCGCGAGAGUGUACUGACGACGAGUAGUAGACAGCUCACCAGCGUAAGUCAUAUUUUAGCUACCACAUAAAUGGACAAAACGCAGGCCCAAGGCCUAUGGAGGUACUGACGGAUUCUGUAUUGGCCUGGUUCUGCAGCCAACCUCCGGCCCCUCUUCGCCUACCAGACUCAAAGAUGUAACCUAGACUCCUCUGCUACUUCCAGUGCCUUGCCGUCCAACGUGUCUGCUGUCAUUCCCAAUUAACCGGAGUCUGGACUGACACACCAGCCCCUGACUUGGCCUCAGCCAAUCUGGCCCCUGCUUUCACUCUUCAUCCACACCGGUAUCUAGACUCAUAAAAACCCCAAGCCACAAUGCUGUUCUCCCUCAGAGAGCUGGUGCAAUGGUUGGGCUUCGCCACCUUUGAACUCUUCCUCCACCUGGCAGCCAUCCUGGUCUUCAGCGUACUGGUGGCGCUGCGGGCGGACAUGUUCACACCGACGCUAAGCUGGUGGCUGGUGUUUGUGCCGCUGUUCGCCGCCGACGGCCUCAGCACCUACUUCACGGCCAUCGUGUCCAUCCGCCUGUACCAGGAGAACGAGAAGCGGCUGGCGGUGCUGCGGCUGCUCUGGGUGCUGACGGUGCUCAGCCUGAAGCUGGUGUGUGAGGUGCUGCUGUGUCAGAAGCUGGCGGAGCAGGAGCAGGCCAGGGACCUCUGGUUCGGCCUCAUCGUCUCACCACUCUUCAUCCUGCUGCAGUUCCUCAUGAUCCGAGCCUGCCGCGUCAACUGACCAAGCGAUCGGCCACUGCCCUUUUGAGAUUCGGAGCAUAACACACGUCGUUGUGUUCGCAUGUUGCCAACCAGCACUGGUUUGGUGUCCUGUGUUUGAGUUAGGUCAAUCAAAAAACAGUCAAUGAGUAGAUGCUAUCCUAAGCAUUGUUCAUGAUAACGGACCACGAUGCAGCUACUAACACAGCUUGCUCAUUUAUGAUCUGCUCUUACAGCGUUACAGCUCAAUUAUUACAGUUGUUUUCUUGUUUAAAAGAUUUUCUUCAAUAGUUCAGUGAACAUUGUUAAAGAUACCAAAACUAUACAGAAAAUAAAAGGUAACCCUUGACAGAGAUUUUUAGAAAUGUUACUCAAAAGCAGUACAAGCAAGUCCUCGCUUCAAGUUUGUAUAAAUAAGAAACAAUAAGGAAAAACAAUACCCUGUUUAUUAUUCAAUUGCCCAAAGGAUAAUGGGACUAACUCAAUAUCAAAUUAAAUUGAAUGAUAGCAAUGUAUGUAUAUUUUUGUAAUGUAGCAAUGCUGAUGCCGGUCAUUGCAUAGCCUAGCAGCUCUCUGAUGUGGCAAUCGAUGCUUCCAAUUCACUUGCUUACAUUAAAAAAACUCAAUGGAAGGGAGUUUUCCCUCUCUCGCCAAACACAGUUUUCCAAACACAUGUAUUGCCGCUCUUUAAGCGUAUUCAUUAAUUGUGUACAUGCUACAUGUUUACUGGCCUAGUUUCUUCCUCAUGUAAAAUUCACUGUAACGCAUUCUCUCAGGAUGCACCAACUUUAUUUAUAUCCGUAUUUGGCAUUUUCGUACAGUUGUUAUUCGUACGGUUGCUGUCACUUAUGUAUAUUUCUGUAAAUAAACAGUCUGUAUUUACUUGUU